AUGUCAAAAUGGUCAAAUCUAGAGCGAGACUUGUUUACAUACAUGUCAGUCUUGUCAGUCUCAUGUAUCGUUCCUUGUAUCUUGACUUUCAUACUGAUGUUCAUACCAGCCGCUUCAUUUCCGUCCAGAGUCCUCUUUUCUGAACCAUUCUUCUCUUCCAAAGCACUGAUGUCCAUUCCGGAUCUUUGGUUUCUUUUCUUUCUGGAGCUCUUCUGGAUGAGAAAGCCAGGUUCCAAUAGGGCACCGCCCAGUUCCAAUAGGGCACCGCCCAGUUUCAAUAGGGCACCGCUCAGUUCCAAUAGGGCACCAUCCACAUCCUCGGUUUCCCGUGGCUGGAGAUUCAAAAGCGGGCCCGGCACAAUGUCCAAGUCGACGAUUCGGUCCGUCUUGACACUGAUAGGAACCGACGGCGACGGAUCGACGUCAAGGCCAAGGUCCAAGCCGGGCAACGGCGACGCCACCAGCGGCAGGAGAGCAGACCCUUCUGAUCUGCCGCCAGAAGAUCCCAAACCUGAAGAUCCUAGACCGGAUUGUCCUGAUUUUCCUGACUUUGCCGCCUCGGGAUUUCCCACGCCAGGUGACGCCAGUGCCACGCGCGACACAGAGGGCGCGCGCGCAAAGCCGGGCGCGGCGGCCAGCGCCACGCGAAACGGCCGGAGCGGCGCGCGCGAAACGCGCGCGCUCACGGCGCGCCACGGCACGAGCAUGGCGUUGAACGCCGGCGCCACCGUCUCGCUGCGCACGGCGCCCGCCGCAUGCGCCGCCUGA